AUGGCUGGUUCCCAGGUCCGCUGCCUGGAGAGUGAAGAGCCAUACGUUAAAGUAACUGAAUCGCAUCCUGAAUUUUAUUACUGUGAGGGUCAGCGGCUGGCCCUUGAAGCCCUGUUCACGGAAGGCGAAGAGGCCUUUAAAGAGUGCCUCUCCCAGGAAAAGCUGCGCCCCUUUCUGUCAGAUGGAGAACUGCAAGAACUGAAGGCAGCAGCAAUUGCAGAAGACUUGCACACUCCCCCACCAGGUGGGGCAGGGAAACACAGCCAUGGAGAGAAAGGAUCAAGUCUCAGUUACUGGCCUGGACGAUCGGAUGAGCCUACUCCAGACCUGGACUUGGGCUGGCCGGACAACAGUGUUUGGAAAGGGAUUACCCGAGCAGAGAUCUACACCCACCCACCAGGAGAGGGAGCACCACACAUCAAGGAGCUGGUGCGCAGAUGUAUUCAACAAGCUAGCAAGGUGAUUGCUAUAGUUAUGGAUGUUUUCACGGACCCUGACAUCCUCUUAGAUCUCUAUGAUGCGGCACUCCGGCGCCGAGUCCCUGUCUAUGUUGUUCUCAGCAGACAGCAACUUACCUCCUUCCUCACCAUGGCUGAGAAAACAUGCCUUAACGUCCGCCACACAGAGAACCUGAGAGUCCGAGUCAUCCAUGGUUGCACUUUCCAAAGCAGACAGCAGAAACAAGUCACGGGGACUGUGAAGGAGAAAUUUGUACUGAUUGAUGGAGAAAUCGUGAUCACCGGCAGCUACAGCUUCACAUGGACCGACGCCCGCCUGAACCGCCAGCUGGUCACACGGCUUACAGGAGAAGUGACGGAAGCAUUUGACCGGGAAUUCCGCACCUUGUAUGCUGCCUCCUGCCCGCUGCCAGCACUAGAAAUGCCACCUAGACUUCAGCCUGCUUCAAUGACUCCAUUACCGAGCGCCAAUGGGCCAGAUGUUGCUCCAUACAUAAGUAUCCUGGAUGGGGUGCAGCUGUCCAACUGCAUUGCAGAGCGGCGCUCUGUGGCCCCUCAACCUGUGGCCAAGAGUCGUGCUGGUGAGUGGGAGCUAGUAUUAGCCUCCCCUGCCACUGCUGAAGACCCUAUGCUACCUGCUCCACCUCCAGAGGUGUCUAUCCGAAACCGUUUGGCAGCAUGGCGUGGCACAAACCUUUCAGGAAGGGGCCUGCAUGGGUCCCCCGAGGGCCACAGUGCUCUUAGCGAUAUCCUCAGGAAUGUACAGCGGACCCGGCUGUCAGCAGCCAAGACUACAGGUGCCCGUGCCAGUAAGUCACUGUGGGAUCUCAGCCGCAUCAGCCAACUCUCUGGAUCCAGCACAACAGGAUGGGGACGGAAUGGGAUAGACUCAGCUGAAGAAGCUAAGAAAUGGGGUUAUCAAGACACACCAGCAAAGGAGCUGAUGAAACAGCGAGGGGCUGGCCAUGCCCCAGAAGAAACAAGAAUGCCCAUCUACCUGCCACAUGGGCGUAUGAUUCCUUCCCCUGGCUACUUGCCUCUAGGAAGACUACAAGGACAACUGUAUCAUAACCCUCUCAGUACAGGUCUACCCCGGGCUUGGGGGCACUCAGGAAAACCCCACUAUGGGCAUCAGGUACGCUUCUGACAUCCCUCUGAAAACCCCAAGGUAGGAAGAAGAAUACUGGGAUGCUAAUCUGCAACAAACUGGAAUAUUUCCUUCAGGA